UCUGUGGCAUUUGAUUGGCAGAUGAGAUGAACGACGAGCUAUCUUAUUGUUUUCUCAAAUUCAUUUCUGCAGGGAACAGUCUGCGGAAUCACUUCUAGGGGAACAAGUGAAUUCUGUGAGAGCUUUUGAAGAAUGAAAACAGACGGCACUUCGACAUCUUUGCAACACAACAGUAUUACUAGUACCACUGACCGUGCGUCUAUGGAGAUGGGUCCAGCAGACCGGCUCAUGAAUCUAGACAGAGAAAAAGAAAUGGCAGAGCCUCCAAUGAAAAAGAAUAAACUGGACGAGAAUCAAAUUUUGGAGGGGGAUAAAGGUGUCAAGAAAGACGGUACAGAGGCUGGCCUGGCCACUGACCCUGAUGGAGGUCCAAAGGCCCAAAUAAUGGAGAUUGCACAGCCUUCAAUUGUACCUGAAAAAAUGGGUGUGAAAAGUGAGUUAGAAAAGAACACUAACCUGCAGAGUAAUGGUAAAGAACAUUUGGAUGAUGAUGAAAUGAAAGGAGUGGAAGAAAAGAAGUCAUCAAAGGAUACCUUGGGGAAAUCUGAGGUCCCUGCUAAGACCAAUACAAGCACGCCAACCAAUGAUCCAUUUGCAUCACUAGACUGGAAGGAUGGCGUAGCUACAUUGCCUGGCAGUAAUCUAAAGUUCAAGAUGACGGAAUUUGGAACGUUGGAGAUUGUGAGUACGGUCGAGACGGAAAAAGGCGACUCAGUGGAAUGGAGCACUGCUACUGAUCACCAGAAACAAGACCAGGAAAUGGAGAAGAAAUCCAACAAACGAAAGGCUAAGCCGAUUCCCCCGGAUCAGAUCCUGUGCUGUGAGGUAUGCGGCAAGUACGGUCUGCCCAACGAGUUUCUCGCGUCCGGACGCUUCUGCAGCCUCAAAUGUGUGGGCGUGUCCACGGGGCGGAAAAACAAGGGCCGAGAAUUCGUCCGAUUCAUCAAGACAGUUGAUGGCAAAAUCAUCAAAAAGAAGAAGAAGAAAUCCGUCAAGGGCCAGGAGGAUGGACAAGUAUCAGCAGAGAAGGCGAGUACAUCAGAAACCUCGACCAGUACCAGCACUAGCACUAGCACUAGCACUAGCUCAAGCACCAGUACAAGUGAUGCUAUCGUGCCAAAGAAGGAGACGGUUGUUUCCCGUCCUCUCGUCUUCUACACAAAGAUCAAGGGAAGCAAAAAGAAGGUUAAGCGAAUUCCAUUGGAUCCCGCGACCCUGGCGUCCACAGAUAACGUGCCAUACGACUCAAGCAAGCCGUUCGUCUGGGUGGACUACCUCCAGGCAUGUAAUGCGAAAGCAGUUCCCGUAAGCGUCUUUCAGCAGGAAAAUCCAGAGCUACUGAUGUUCCCAAAACCAUGCACAGAAUUCAAAAAGGACAUGAAACUUGAGGCGGUGGAUCCCAAGCAUCCGUCGUACAUUUGCGUAUGCACCAUAGUCCGAGUGAAGGGGGCACGACUUCGGCUCCACUUCGACGGAUGGUCGGAGAGCUACGAUUUCUGGACGAAUGCAGAUUCGCCAUUUAUCUACCCUGUCGGCUGGUGCGAAAAGAACGGACAAAUAAUCAGUCCACCCAGGGGUUUUAGCAAGUCAGAUUUUAACUGGGAAACUUACCUGACAAAAAUGAAGGCUUUGCCAGCGCCGAGUCAUCUGUUUAAGCCGGUUUCCCCGACCAAACACGGCUUCAAGACCGGUAUGAAGCUGGAGGCCAUCGACCGUAAGAACCCGGAUCUAAUCUGCGUUGCCACGGUAACCAACGUGAUUGGCAACCGCUUCCUCGUGCAUUUUGAUGAGUGGGAUGACACGUAUGACUACUGGUGCGAGGAAGACUGUCCCUACAUCCACCCGGUGGGGUGGUGCGCAGCCAACGGCGGGAAACUCAACCCGCCCAACGAUGAUGAAGUUGAUACGUUUCAAUGGGAGGAAUACCUCAAGAAAACUAAUUCCCUGGCCGCUCCGCCAGAACUCUUCAAAAAGAGGUUUACGCCAGGAUUCAAACCUGGUCAUAGGCUGGAGGCUGUGGACAAGCGUAAUCCCUCGCUGAUACGCGCCGCUACCGUGGUGAAGGUGGUGGAGUACCGAGUGUUUGUCCACUUUGAUGGCUGGGAUGAUAUCUACGAUGAUUGGUACGACGCUGACUCUACGGAAGUUCACCCUGUCAGCUACUGUGAGAAGACUGGACACCCCCUGGAAGCACCACUGACCCGUGAAGACAAAAUCUCCUCUGCUGCGUGCCCAACUCCCGGAUGUAAAGGCAUCGGCCACGUGAAGGGUGCCAAAUACUCGAGCCAUCACAGCACGUUCGGCUGCCCUUAUUCCUUACAGAACCUGAACAAGGACUCUUGUCUCGUGGACAGACUCUCCGCGAACUCCAUGAGUGAGGAGUCCGACUGGUCUUACGCCAGGAAGGAUAAGCCACCUGUCCUGGCGCCUAUUACCAUCAAAGAGGACACGAACCCUACGAGUCCAACCGAUCAGACGUGCCCCACACCUGGUUGCGAUGGUAACGGCCACGUAACCGGACAGUGGAAAACUCACUUCACCUCGUCUGGUUGUCCUCUUAGCGAUAACAACAUGUCGCGCACUACCCGGCGUGCCUCACGAUCCGGCCCUACAAGCCCCUCGGGUUACACGCCAGGAACUGGGAAAGCAAGCAUUGUGUCAACCCGCAGUGCAUCACGGGUUAACAAGUUUAAGGAAGAGAAGCCUUCUCGACCAAAAUAUGUCGAAAAGGCGGUUCAGCACAUAACACCGUACGUACACGCUUGGACCUACGGCGGCUAUGGCAACUACCCUAUGAACGGGCUGAACGACUCGUAUCUCUACGACGACAAGCCCUCAGCCGAGCGCAUGCGCAUGAGCAAGUGGACGCUGGACGAGGUCGAGAACCAUGUGCGCUCCCUCGGUUGUGUCGAGCAGGCAAAGAUCUUCCCUGAACAGCAGAUUGACGGGGAGGCGUUUCUUCUUCUCACGCAACAAGACCUUGUUAACAUCCUCAAGAUUAAACUGGGACCCGCACUCAAGAUCUAUAACUCCAUUCCUAAGCGUUAGACUGAUACGUCUAGAAUUUCCCUUAAACUCGGUCUAAUAUUAUGCAAAACAACCUGUAGUCUAAGUCAUUCUUUGUAUCAUUGGUGGAAAGACGCCAUUCUCUUUCAUAUGUCCUUUGUAAAAUUCCGAUUCUUCUGAGGAGGUGGGUGAUCUGCCGGCCAAAUACGGUCCCUGAACUGGCGCGUUUUACUACUGUGUCUUGAAGGUUUCUUUCGUCUGACCACAUGCGAGAGCUUUGUCAUAUUAUUUUUUAAAUGUGGACGCAUGGCCCAUGGAAAUUUUAAAGAGUCGUUAACCAAGACUCGGACCUCUUCUCGCAAUUGAUUGGUCAGGACUCGGAUAAAUUCUCGUGAUUGGUCGAAAGACAAUUAGCAUCAAACAUUCAUGUAAGCUAGUAAGGGUAACUAUGUUUCAUUGUAAAAUAAGCGAAUUUCACGUAAAGUAGUACAUCGGGGGAUUGGCUAUAGUAUUUUAGCACUGCUUGUAAAGGCCCGGUGAGUCUGUUGCAAGGACGACUGACAAUCGACCAAAGCCCGAGAAGCACCAUACUUUAAAAGACCCGCUUAUAUGCUUACCAGUUUUAUAGUUUGGUUUUAUAAUAAAACCAAGACUAACCCACACAGUGUGUAAAUAGUAUUUAAAGAAGCUUAGCAAACCCAAAUAUUCUUGAUGAUGUCAAAGUAAAAAUUAACUUUCAAUAAAGUUUAUAUAUAAUUUU